AUCCUAGAGAAAAAUACUUAUAUUUGGGAAAAGAAGGGAAUCCAUUCAACCCUAAAAAUAAAUCCCUUCAACCCUAAAAUAAAUCCCCAAAUAUUUUUCUCCACACCCAAACUCAGGCAAAUCUCGCUCUCAAGACUCAAGGAGUCCAUACCGAAACUCGAGGAUGAGCGGCGGAGAUUCAAAUCAGCAACAGCAACAGCAACAGCAGAUGCUGCUUCAGCAGCAGCAGCAGCAGCAAUUGGCGGCGAUGCAGCACUACCAUCAAUGGUGGAUGGCGGUGCAGUACCCGACCAUGGCUAUGCACCAGCAGCAGAUGAUGUAUAACCAUCAUUACUUGCCCUACUACCCCCACCAGCAACAACCUAAGCAGUACCCGUCCAAGCAACGCAAUCAGAUUCAGGCUUCUGCCGAGGACAACAAGACAAUCUGGAUUGGAGAUCUCCAGCCGUGGAUGGAUGAGGAUUAUCUCCAAUCCUGUUUUUCUCCAACCGGAGAGGUUAUUUCUGUAAAGAUGAUUCGCAAUAGACAGACUGGUCUAUCAGAUAGAUAUGGAUUCAUUGAGUUCAGUUCUCACGAUGCAGCAGACAAUGUUCUGCAGAGCUACAAUGGUGCCAAGAUGCCUAAGGCAGAUCAACCUUUUCGCUUAAACUGGGCUGCCUUUAGCACUAGUGAUAGGCGCCCUGAAGCUGGUUCUGAGUUGUCCAUAUUUGUUGGAGAUUUAGCACCUGAAGUUAAUGAUGAACUGUUGCACGAAACCUUUGCUAGUAGGUAUCCAUCUGUCAAAGAUGCAAAAGUGGUGGUUGAUAUAAAUACUGGACGUUCGAGAGGUUAUGGAUUUGUCAGGUUUAAUGAUGAAAAUGAAAAGUCUAAAGCAGUGGACGAAAUGAAUGGUGUUGAAUGCUCUAAUAGGCCUAUGCGAGUUGGUGUUGCAACCCCCAAGAAGUAUUCAUCUCAGCAACAACAUUAUUCUCAAGGUCAAUCUGAAUAUGAGUCAUCCAGCACAACUAUUUUUGUUGGAGGACUCGACUCUGAAGUCACUGAUGAUAUGCUCAGAGAGUCUUUUUCUCCAUUUGGUGAGCUUGUCUCUGUGAAAAUACCAGCUAGAAAGGGAUGUGGUUUUGUACAAUAUGCAAUAAGAAGCAAUGCUGAGGAUGCAAUGCACAGAUUAAAUGGGGCAGUUAUUGGUAAACAGAAGGUUCGCCUUUCCUGGGGCCGGAGUUUAAACAACAAGCAGUUAAUUUGUGUUUGGCAGCCGAGAGGGGAUUAUAAUCAGUGGAACGCAAGACAAGGUUACAACGGACCUGGCUAUGGUGGUCCAGGCUAUUGGGUGGCUUCUUCAAAUGGUAGCAGGAGCCGCGAGCAAUCAGUCAGCUAGUCCUAAUACAACCACCACGGUCAAUGUUGUAGAACCAGUUAUCCAGUCAGAGAGUUUUUUUUUUUAAUUGGGAUUAAAAAUUUUGGUGUGGAAGUUUGCUGGAAUUGGUUAAUUUACUCAUUCUUUGUAGGUCUGACAGUGUUAAAUUUAUUUCACUAUGGAUUAUAUAUGGCUUGUUAUAUUGUGAUUUA